AUGGCCGUGAAGAUGGCAUCGGACGGCCUGUGGCAGGGCGAGAACCCUCUGGACUUCGCGCUGCCGCUUCUCGCGGUGCAGAUAGCCGUCGUGCUGGUCGUCACGCAGGGCCUCGGCUUCGCCCUCAAGCCCCUGCGCCAGCCUAGGGUCGUCGCAGAGAUCCUGGGCGGCAUCUUGCUCGGACCUUCGGCCCUGGGCCGGUGGGGCGCUUUCCGCCGCACGCUCUUUCCGGAGUGGAGCACCGCCGCGCUCGACACCGUAUCGGGCCUCGGCCUGCUCCUCUUCCUCUUCCUGGUCGGCCUCGAACUCGACUUCUGCGCCGUUCGCCGCGUGGGGCCCCGCAGCGUUGCCAUCGCAGCGGCCGGCAUCGUGCCCCCACUGCUCGCCGCCGCCGGUGUCGUUCCAGUCCUCGACCUCGCCAUCCCGGCACCACGCCAAGCCUCAUACUUCUCGCUGUGCGUUUUCCUCGGCGCCGCGCUCUCGGUGACCGCUCUCCCGGUGCUCGCCUGCAUCCUCAAGGAGCUCGGCCUCCUCGGAGUGCCCUUCGGCGAGACCGCCAUGGCCGCCGCCGCCGUGAACGAUGUCUUCGCGUGGACGCUCCUCGCCCUCGCUCUCGCUGUGUCCGGCGGUGGUCGCGAGCCGAAGGGGCCCGCUCUCGCGCCGGUCUACAUCCUCUCGUCGGGCGUGGUCUUCGUGGCGUUCACGUUCUUCGCGCUCCGCCCUCUCAUGGCGCGCCUGGCGCGCCGCGCAGGCCCCUGCAGCUCGGACGGCGACCUUACCUGCUCAUGCGCCGUCGCGUGCGCGCUCCUAGCGGGCGCCGUGACCGACGCCAUCGGCGUGCACCCCGUGUUCGGCGCGUUCGUGUUCGGGCUAGCUAUGCCCCGGGAGGACGGCGUCGCGGAGCGCAUCGGCGAGAAGGUGGCGCCGCUGGUGUCCGGGCUGAUGCUGCCGCUCUACUUCGCCACGAGCGGACUGCACACGAAUGUCGACAACGUCCGGGGCGUGGCGGCAUGGGGGAUGGUCGCGCUCGUGGUGGCCGUGGCCGUGGUCGGGAAGUUCGCCGGGACGUUCACGGUGGCGGUCGCCGGGACCGGCAUGGCCAGGCGCGAGGCGGCCGCCCUCGGCGUGGCCAUGAGCGCCAAGGGGCUCGUGGAGCUCAUCGUGCUCAACAUCGGCAAGGAGAAGAAGGUGCUGGACGACACGACGUUCGCCAUCUUCGUGAUCAUGGCGCUGACUACCACGGUGAUCGCGACGCCGCUCAUGACGGCGCUCUACCGGCAGCCGCCGACGACCACCACGCCGGAGAGCGAUGGGGUGGAGCUCAAAGGAGACGACGCUUGCCCGGCAUAA